UUCAGCGGGCGGGCGGGGGGCUUCACUGCCCCUAGCCCCCCGCCCGCCCGCUCAGUAGCCUACGUGACAGUGAAGUGAACGCACGUUGUCAUAAAGUGUUUCUGACGCUUCGGAGAUUUUUUUGGCGUCACGGACAGUUCUAAAUUUAAGUAAUGGCUUGGGACAAAGAGAAGACUCUAUUAUUCAUAGAAAAAUAUAGGGAAAUCAGGGAAUUAUGGGACCCUAAGCAUCCUCAACACUUUAAUAAAAUAAUAAAACAAGACGGUUGGGUGAAAUUAUCGGAUCAAUUUGGAAUAACCGUAGAAGAAUGUCAAAAGAAAAUCACAAGCCUUUUAGCAUCUCUUAGAAGAGAAAAGAGCAAAAUGAAAAAAAGUGCUUCAGGAACCGGAAAAGGUGCAGAAGAAGUAUAUACUAGUACCUGGUUCGCAUAUGCAGCUUUAUCAUUUAUACUGGACAGAUAUGAACCACGGAAGACAACAGAUUCAAUUCCUUGUGAACCUGGGACACAAGACUUGCAGGAGACUCGCGACAAGCCACCUGAAAAUCCUGAUGCACCACAACGGAAAAAAGCGAAGGUGGAUGGAAGUGAUGAUAUAAUGCACUCGACUUUCCAAAUUUUGCAAGACUUUACUUCUGCUAAAUCGGAUGAAUGCACUACUUUUGGGAAAUUUAUUACUGAAAAACUCAAGACGUACUCUCAUAAUACUAGGGCCUGUGUACAGCACCACAUUUCCAAUAUCUUGUUUAGUGCCGAUCGCGGUGAAUAUGAGUACAUGUACCAGCAACAUGGAUAUUGGACUCCUGAUUCUCAACUUUCGCGUAAUGAAUCAAACCAUGCUGGACCAUCAGGCCUCCAAAGUACACCCUCACCAGCAGCAGUUCCAUCCACUGCAGACGCCCAACUUUCUUCGCCUGAAGCCAGCAUUAAUAGCCAAGAAAGUGAGGGGUUUAUGCGUGAAUUUGGAGAUCUGAUUGAUUAAUAAACUAGAUUAAUAAACUCA